UUCGGGCUGUGAGGGAGGAGCUGCAGGAGCUGGAAGCAGCUACGGUGGGCUGUCAGACUGUAAAGCAGUGGUCACCAACCCUGAUCCUGGAGAUCCACCUUUCUGCAGAGUCUAGUUCCAACCACAACCUGCCUCACCUGCUCCAGCUGAUGAACUUCUUCACAAGUCCUUGAUUGUCUGGAGCAAAUGCAUUGCAGUGACUUCAGAUCUGGAAAGAAAGUGGCGUCAGAGGACAGUGCUUUGAGUGCCUGAACAUGUCCACAGACAGAGAGCCAUGUGUCACUGCUAAACUCCUUCACCUCAUCUUCCUCUCCACCUUUUGGGGCAUGCAGAUAUGGGUCACCUUCAUCUCUGGCUUUGUGAUGGACAACCAUCUAAACAGGCACACAUACGGCUUUAUUCAGAGUCGACUGUUCCCCUUUUACCUUCACAUUGGCUCGGCCUGUGCCUUCUUCAACCUUACCAUUUUCGCCAUGUACCAUCCCAGUGACCUGCUGAAUGACAAAGAGGCCUUUCAGAUCUUCAUUUUCUUUGUAUGUGUGACUGUGGCAGCGGUAAAUGCCCAGUGGUUUGGCCAGCUGGCUUCUGAGAUCAUGGCUGACAUGCACAUGAUUGAGCAGGCCUGUGGGCUGGGCCAGGACAUUGGGUUGUCAUCCAACCGGGAGGCCUACUCUAAACUGUGUGACACAGACCCCAAGUACAAGCGACUGAGCAAGCGGCUAUGGCUUUACCACAUGCUGUCGUCCCUCUGUAACCUGUGCUGUAUUGUGUGUAAUGGCUACAGCCUUUAUUACCUAGCAGAGAACCUCAGUACACUCUGAUAUCUUGAUUGUUGACCCCUUGCCAGAUGCCCAAUGCAAUGCAACACAACACAAAGCCGUCAAUGUAUACAAACUUUUUGAACAAAAACAUGCUCAGGUACUGUCUGUAAACCCUGACUGCUCUUGUUUCUUAUUGCUAGUUCUUUGUUUUUGUGCUAUUUGUGUGGCAGCAUAAUAUUUAGUGUAUCCUUAAUGUAUUUAGAUAUAAUAGGCACUUAAGCUGGCUUUACAGUGUGAAACUUUGAUGCAACUGUAAAAAAUCCACUCAAAUUGUAUAAUGUAAAUCAUCCUGCAACUCGCUUGACACUCAGCCUCAGCAGUUCCAACCAUCUCAGUUCCGUGAAGCAAGUUUCAUAAACCAGCAGCACGUGAUCACAUCAAAUGACAUGCUUUCAAAUGAUUUCCGCCAGAUCAGCGGACAGGAAAAUAAAUCAAAACAUGGCUUAUUGUAGAGUUGAAAAAGAAAUAAUCUUGACUGACUUCAAGAAGGAUUAGUAGUUUUUCAUUCUGUCAGUUUUACAAGUCAUAGCAACUGUGAAUUUCUUGAAGCUAAAGUUUCUUUACUAGCUGUGUUAACUAGUCAGCUAACAGUAGUAGUUGUUUAAGGUGCUGCUUGCACCAGCAUUUAUUCCUCUUAGUUAACUGCUGUCAUGAUUUAUAUUGCUAGAUACAUUUCUCCUCUCUUGAUUUCCCCCUAAUUUUACAAAGCUCAGAUUAAUUUGGAGUCUAAAGGAUUAACAUUUUUACAGAACAGAAAAACUGAGUUGCAGCUGUUGGUGAGUUUCUUGUGCUUCUAGAACAGGAUCACAUCAAGUAGGCUAUAACCAUAAUGGCUUUUUAGACGUUGAUUAAGGCUCAACUUAAACUCAGUAAAAAUCAAAAAGGAAAACCAAAAUACAUAACAAAGAACCCCAGAUAGAUAGGUAAAUAUAAAUAUAUACAGGGAAAACAGCAGUGAUGGCUAGACAAUAUAUAUGAAGAUGAUACAAAUGCUGCAAAUAGUGCGAAAGAUAUGGUGUAUCAAAAAUGAAUGAAUAAAAAAUACAAGCUGCUAGUUUGGGUAACUAGUGGAGAACUGAAAUGUGUGCAGAAGUUAUGCUGCAGGUAACUCUCAACAUGCAGUUAGUUGCAGAAAAGUUCGACCACGUAAUGCCAGCCUUGUUAAAAUCAACUACCCUGACUGUGGAAAAUUAGUCAUCAGAAUGAAAAAUAAAACUACAGCACAGGGUUUAUUACAACUAAAGAUAUGACAAGUAUUACGAUGUAAUGAUAAAGUAGAUAAUUCUAAGCAUUUUUGUAUAAUGGAUUGAUCAUGUGUUAAUUUUUCUCUCUAAAGUUUGUUACAGUCAGCCUCUCGUAGUUCAGACACUAAUGUCUAAUGUCCGUUUUUGUGUAUUCUGUUGGUAAUAACACACAGUUGCUAGGUGCUAUCAGUUUCCAUGUGAAUUCAGAUGAAGUUUAGAAGUUGCCUAUGACCAGUUUAUGUAUCGGUUUAUACAUGGCUUUGGUUCAAAGCCAUAAAACAGCUACUCCCUGGAGCUGGUAUCUCAGGGUUGAGGACAGUGCUGACUUGCUCGUAUUGUGCUGCCUUAUUCUGCUAAUCUCCAUCUACGUGCCUUCCUCACAAAGUGAAUCUCUCACUUUCUCACUGAAGUGGCGAGCAGGGCCAUUUGAGCGGAGAUUUGUUGGCUUUAGUGCAUAAGUGCCACACUCACAACAGGAUUUUUGGUUGUGACAAAUUGUUCAGUGCCUUUCCCAGCUUUGUAUCUUUGUUUCCUCUGAAUCCGGUUGUACAAGUUCUUCAGGCUGUGCUGUCAAACUGCCUGUAGUUGCUCUUUGCACACCCACACCAGCAAUGCAACACAGUGACAGUACAUUUGUGGCUUUGGCUGUAUUUCUUGAAGUUGAGUUAGUUAGUUAGGAACAGUGAUUGGCAUAGAAUAGCUAUUGAAUUGUUGUUGGUAUUAAUUUUGCUUAAGAUACGUAACUGUAGUUCUGUGUAGUGAAAUGAUGCACCUUGUAGCCAUGAGUAAUGUUAUGCUGUUGAGUGAGAUGCUCUAUUGUGUAUAAUUUAGAAUGUAGUUCAUGCUGAAAGUUCUAUUUUUCUCAUCCUCUCAUCUGACAAUCGCACAGUGCCUUUAUUAUCUCAGUAUUAAGACUAAAUAGAAUAAUGCAGGAAAAGUACUUUCACAAUGAUGCUGGUGAGGCUUCGAGUGUGUCCCAAUUUAGGGUCAUUAACAUUCUCAAUGCAAAUGAGCUGGCAGCUAUUGAAAGAUGUUUCCAUGUUAGUAACUUGCCUGAUAGGGAUAGAAGUGAAUGAAUGGUGUUUAAGCCCUUUUAACACUUGUGUACACACUAUUCAUAACCAGUAUGAAUUCUGCACGGUAGAGUGAUGCACAGUUUUGGUGAUGUUGGUAUAGAGGUUUUUAAUGGUGUUGGAAGGUUAAAGCAUUGUGUUAAGGGGUGAGUUGAAUGUUGGGGUGAAUGUUGAUUUUUAUUUAAAAUAUACAUUUGGGAGAUUGCAAAAGGUACUGAUUUAGUCUCUAAUAAGUGUUGCACCGACAUCACAUCGUUUUUAAAUCUGGUCAGGUAUUUAUUCAUAAUUAUGGUGCCUGUAAUAUUGAUGCAUGUAGUUACUUUCUCCAUGUCCAUUUUUCUAAUUGAAAUAAAAAUAAAAAGGCUGGUACUAAA